GGGCGCGCUCCGGGAGCUCCGAGGUGUGUCGGCGGCGCGCGGGCCUGCGUGCACCAAGGCUGUCCGCCAGGGCGAGGGGCGUCCGUGCGCCCCUGGGCACGGCUCCGCGGAGGGGAGUCCCCGUGCACCUGCCGGGGGUCCUCUGAGGUCGGGCCCCUCUGUGCGUGGGGGUGGGCUGAGGGGCAUCUUACAGGGGCCUUCUACCUACCGGGGCCAGGACAAGGGGCAGGUCAACCCCUCCCACACACUUUCCUCGGUCUCCUACCUCUUUACUCGCCCUCAAAUAGGCACUCGCUUCCCCGGAGAAACCAGCUUGACUCUUGCUUACCGCCCACCCCACUGUGAACAUCAGGGUGGUUCUCCCUUGCCUCUGCAGCCCCAGAACCUGGCUCAGUGCCCGGGGGAGAGGGGGCGGUACAGUGCUCUGUAACUGAAAGGGGCUUGCCUGGAGAUGGGGCAGAGGGGAACUCCAAGGAGGCUGUAGCAGGCCGGAGCGGUGUGUUUGCUCCAGGACUCCAGUGAGAAGUGCUGAGAUGGGGCUGGGCUAGGGAACUGUGGUUGCCUGGUGCAGCAGCAGGCCAGGCUUGCAACCAGCUAUUCGGCUUGCUCUGCCCAGGAGCCUGGGUGCUCUCCCUGGGUGUAUGUAGGGGCUCCGGAGGAUGUCUUACAGCAGAAGGACCAGAGAUGCACACAGACAUGUAGAAAUGCAUGCACAGAGUACAGUCAUGCACUUGCACCCAAAACACGAGCACACGUGACCUCUGUGCACACACCCCACUAAUCACACACACAGAAUUCACCCACAUGCUUGACAGCCAUGUUCAUGUACUGACGUGUUCCCGACAGCUCAGCUGUGGUUAUUUAUUUCGUCAAUUAGCUCUCCAGGAGCUAAGGAUGUGGCCCUCACCAGAAUGUCCAAGGCAUGUUGGCGGGCGUGGGUGGGGUCUCUAGUCCCACUGGAGGGACAGAUGCCUGAAUGGGGGUUCGAGAAUAUGAGUGCUAAAAGCGUAGGGCAGCAGUGUGCGCACAGGACGCACACAGACAGGUGUGCCCAUAACCAGUACACACAAGCUCUACACAACUGGACAGGGUACAGCUCUGCUCGGACAGGGCGCACCCGGGGCGAGGACGGGCAGCUGGGCUGGUUCAGAGGGAGGGGGCCAUGGGUUCAGAGGGAGGAGGCCAUGGGUUCAGAGGGAGGGGACCAUAGGUCCUACUCUCACAGACAGGUCUCCGGACUGCAUCAGAGCACUCGGGAAGCAGCAAUGCCCCAGGCUGUUUUUAGCCCCCAGGGGCCAGUUAGGGUCCCAGUGCAGGCUCGACUUAGCUCCUUCCGCCUCUCCACGAGGAGGCGCUCCCGCGCACGCGCCUGCCACGUUCCUGCCCCCUAGCCGCGGCCGGAAGUCGUCGAACCAGCACGUCGGGACUUCCGCCCAGGGAAUCAAAAGUGGGCGGGGCGUGUGCGGACUGAGCGCUGUGCUUCCGGGGCGCGGGUGACGCGACGACGGCGACACUUUGCUACGGAGUGCAUCGGACGUCGAAGCCUAGAGUCUCUGCGUCUUUCCCUCUUCCGCUGCCUCAUUCCUUUCCUUCCUAGCCUUGGUCGUCGCCGCCACCAUGAACAAGAAGAAGAAACCGUUCCUAGGGAUGCCCGCGCCACUCGGCUACGUGCCGGGGCUGGGCCGGGGCGCCACUGGCUUCACCACGCGGUCAGACAUUGGGCCCGCCCGUGAUGCAAAUGACCCUGUGGAUGAUCGCCAUGCACCCCCAGGCAAGAGAACUGUUGGGGACCAGAUGAAGAAAAACCAGGCUGCUGACGAUGACGACGAGGAUCUAAAUGACACCAAUUACGAUGAGUUUAAUGGCUAUGCUGGGAGCCUCUUCUCAAGUGGACCCUAUGAGAAAGAUGAUGAGGAAGCAGAUGCUAUUUAUGCAGCCCUGGAUAAAAGGAUGGAUGAAAGAAGAAAAGAAAGACGGGAGCAAAGGGAGAAAGAAGAAAUAGAGAAAUAUCGUAUGGAACGCCCCAAAAUCCAACAGCAGUUCUCAGACCUCAAGAGGAAGUUGGCAGAAGUCACAGAAGAAGAGUGGCUGAGCAUCCCCGAGGUUGGCGAUGCCAGAAAUAAACGUCAGCGGAACCCACGCUAUGAGAAGCUGACCCCUGUUCCUGACAGUUUCUUUGCCAAACAUUUACAGACCGGAGAGAACCAUACCUCAGUGGAUCCCCGACAAACGCAAUUUGGAGGUCUUAACACACCCUAUCCAGGUGGACUAAACACUCCAUACCCAGGUGGAAUGACGCCAGGAUUGAUGACACCUGGCACAGGUGAGCUGGACAUGAGGAAGAUUGGCCAAGCGAGGAACACCCUGAUGGACAUGAGGCUGAGCCAGGUGUCUGACUCCGUGAGUGGACAGACCGUCGUUGACCCCAAAGGCUACCUGACGGAUUUAAAUUCCAUGAUCCCGACACACGGAGGAGACAUCAAUGAUAUCAAGAAGGCGCGACUGCUCCUCAAGUCUGUUCGGGAGACGAACCCUCAUCACCCGCCAGCCUGGAUUGCAUCAGCCCGCCUGGAAGAAGUCACUGGGAAGCUACAAGUAGCUCGGAACCUUAUCAUGAAGGGGACAGAGAUGUGCCCCAAGAGUGAAGAUGUCUGGCUGGAAGCAGCCAGGUUGCAGCCUGGGGACACAGCCAAGGCCGUGGUAGCCCAAGCUGUCCGUCAUCUCCCACAGUCUGUCAGGAUUUACAUCAGAGCAGCAGAGCUGGAAACGGACAUUCGUGCAAAGAAGCGGGUUCUUCGGAAAGCCCUCGAGCAUGUUCCAAACUCGGUUCGCUUGUGGAAAGCAGCCGUUGAGCUGGAAGAACCUGAAGAUGCUAGAAUCAUGCUGAGCCGAGCUGUGGAGUGCUGCCCCACCAGCGUGGAGCUCUGGCUUGCUCUGGCAAGGCUGGAGACCUAUGAAAAUGCCCGCAAGGUCUUGAACAAGGCGCGGGAGAACAUUCCUACAGACCGACAUAUCUGGAUCACGGCUGCUAAGCUGGAGGAAGCCAAUGGGAACACGCAGAUGGUGGAGAAGAUCAUCGACCGAGCCAUCACCUCUCUGCGGGCCAACGGUGUGGAGAUCAACCGUGAGCAGUGGAUCCAGGAUGCCGAGGAAUGUGACAGGGCUGGGAGUGUGGCCACCUGCCAGGCCGUCAUGCGUGCCGUGAUUGGGAUUGGGAUUGAGGAGGAAGAUCGGAAGCAUACCUGGAUGGAGGAUGCUGACAGUUGUGUAGCCCACAAUGCCCUGGAGUGUGCACGAGCCAUCUACGCCUACGCCCUGCAGGUGUUCCCCAGCAAGAAGAGUGUGUGGCUGCGCGCCGCGUACUUUGAGAAGAACCAUGGCACUCGGGAGUCCCUGGAAGCACUCCUGCAGAGGGCUGUGGCCCACUGCCCCAAAGCGGAGGUGCUGUGGCUCAUGGGCGCCAAGUCCAAGUGGCUGGCAGGGGAUGUGCCUGCAGCAAGGAGCAUCCUGGCCCUGGCCUUCCAGGCCAACCCCAACAGUGAGGAGAUCUGGCUGGCAGCUGUGAAGCUGGAGUCCGAGAAUGAUGAGUACGAGCGGGCCCGGAGGCUGCUGGCCAAGGCGCGGAGCAGUGCCCCCACUGCCCGGGUGUUCAUGAAGUCUGUGAAGCUGGAGUGGGUGCAAGACAACAUCAGGGCAGCCCAGGAUCUGUGCGAGGAGGCCCUGCGGCACUAUGAGGACUUCCCCAAGCUGUGGAUGAUGAAGGGGCAGAUCGAGGAGCAGAAGGAGAUGAUGGAGAAGGCGCGGGAAGCCUAUAACCAGGGGUUGAAGAAGUGUCCCCACUCCACACCCCUGUGGCUUUUGCUCUCUCGGCUGGAGGAGAAGAUUGGGCAGCUUACUCGAGCACGGGCCAUUUUGGAAAAGUCUCGUCUGAAGAACCCAAAGAACCCUGGGCUGUGGUUGGAGUCCGUGCGGCUGGAGUACCGUGCGGGGCUGAAGAACAUCGCAAAUACGCUCAUGGCCAAGGCGCUGCAGGAGUGCCCUAACUCCGGUAUCCUGUGGUCUGAGGCCAUCUUCCUCGAGGCAAGGCCCCAGAGGAGGACCAAGAGCGUGGAUGCCCUGAAGAAGUGUGAGCAUGACCCCCAUGUGCUCCUGGCCGUGGCCAAGCUGUUUUGGAGUCAGCGGAAGAUCACCAAGGCCAGGGAGUGGUUCCACCGCACUGUGAAGAUUGACUCGGACCUGGGGGAUGCCUGGGCCUUCUUCUACAAGUUUGAGCUGCAGCAUGGCACUGAGGAGCAGCAGGAGGAGGUGAGGAAGCGCUGUGAGAGUGCAGAGCCUCGGCAUGGGGAGCUGUGGUGCGCCGUGUCCAAGGACAUCGCCAACUGGCAGAAGAAGAUCGGGGACAUCCUUAGGCUGGUGGCCGGCCGCAUCAAGAACACCUUCUGAUUGACCGGUUGCCGUGGCCGGUCUCCGUAGGGCAGGGUUGGGCCGCACGUGGAAGGGCUCUGAGCUGUGUCCUCCUUCAUUAAAAGUUUUUAUGUCUCGUGUCAGAA